AUUUACCACCAUGGCCUUCGCUCAGCCACCCGCGAAUAUCCAAGGAAAGAUCCUUAUCCUUCCUAUCGUCUCCACCGCAAAUGUCUCCCAGCUCGCGGUUGAUCUUCUCAUCGCGACGUUCGGCCUGAGGAAACUUUCUAUCUUGGACCCAAAAUACCUGGUUCCAGUUGCUGGCCCCAGUGAAUACGACUCAUCUGAGCUGGUAACACCCAUCGAACUGUAUGGCGCCGAUGAUGUGCCUUUCGUUGUCAUUCAACAGAGGUCGCCGGUGCUGAAGACGCACAAGCAAGACUUCGUCGAGGCGGUCUUGGAAUUUGCUAGGCUAUCAAGGCCUUCCGCACUCAUAACCCUGUCCGGGGUGGACAUGUCGAACCGUAUGGAUGAACAGAUGAUGAUACCUACGUACAAUAUCGUACCGAAGGGCGCAUUCGAUCUUCAAAAUUCGCCAUUACGCGCUCUUGCUGAUCUACCGAUCCCGCCGUACGCAUCGCCUGUCCCUCAGUUUCUAUCGCAAGGAUCCGAGGGUGCAGUCCCCUUCAUACCCGGCGGUGGCAUAACACGGCGCUUCUUGUCAUCUCUCCCGAAGGACUGGGCGAUACCGACGCUAGCCCUGCUGCACUUCGUUCUUGAGGGUGACAACAGGAGCGACGCGCAUCUUCUCGCCGCGGUGGUGUCUAGAAUAAUCGGUGUGGACGCCGGAGGGUGGAAGCAGCCGCCAAGCUGGAGCAUGGGACUUUUCGGGACGCCACAGGAUCAGACGCUGUUUGGUUGAUAUUUACCUUUGCUGUAGAAAGUCCAGUGUGCGUCUCAAUCGCUUGUAACUCGUCGUUAUACGGAAUCGUAGGUAGCGCGCCUACAUAUUCCUGCUCAGCCGUUUCUGGCCCCGUGUUCUAUGGCUUCAGAGGAGUAUUGUGACAAAUGCAUUGCAUACGGAAUGCUACCAAAC